AACCUCGGACACCGUCGCUUUUCCGCUCCUCGGCCGAGUCCGCGACAUCGGCACCUCGAAGGAUCGUCGACCUCCGGUGCACUGCGAAUUCGGCUAAUAAAGGGGAGCUAGGGUUUGCGGUUCUAGGGAUUUGCCGCCGAGAUGUCGAAGCUAAUGCCGAACUUGGAUCAGCAGAGCACCAAGGUGCUCAAUCUGACUGUGCUCCAGAGGAUCGAUCCCUAUGUAGAGGAGAUCUUGAUGACCGCCGCACACGUCACUUUCUACGAAUUUAACAUCGAGGCUAAUCGAUGGAGUCGGAAGGACGUCGAAGGCUCUCUAUUUGUUGUAAAGAGAAAUACCCAGCCUAGGUUUCAGUUCAUUGUGAUGAACCGACGCAACACAGAGAAUCUGGUGGAGGAUCUUUUGGGGGAUUUUGAGUACGAAGUCCAAAUUCCAUAUUUGUUGUACAGGAAUGCUGCUCAAGAAGUUAAUGGUAUAUGGUUUUACAAUUCACAUGACUGUGAAGCUAUUGCAAAUCUUUUUAGCAGGAUUCUUAAUGCAUUCUCCAAAGCAAAUCCUAAAUCUAAUGUCCCUGCAAACAAGAGUGAGUAUGAGGAGUUGGAAGCUACGCCCAGUUUGUCUGUCAUUGAGGGUCCGUUGGAGCCACAAAAUUCAUCUUCUGCAGUUCCUGAUGUUCCAGAGGAGUCAUUUGUGAACUUUUUUAGCACAGCCAUGAGCAUUGGAAAUUCAUCCAAUACAACCAUAACUGGACCUCUGCAUCCGUCUUCUACUCCAACUCCCUUGUCUUCUUACACACCUAGUGCUCCACUUCCUCCAUUGUCAACCAUUCAAACUACACCUUCUCUGCCAUCGUCAUCUUCUACCCUAAUGUCAGUACUAGAUACAAUUGAAGCUAAUGGCGGAAAUAACCUCGUCACUAGUCUUGUAAAGCCAUCUUUAUUUGCACCAUCACACUCAUCUUCUACAUUACUGAUGCCACCAAUUUCAUCUACUGUGCCUGCUCCUCCCCCUCUUCAUCCUCCUGUCACCAUGCAGCGUCCAUAUGGAACUCCAUUGCUGCAGCCCUUUCCACCACCCAAUCCUCCUCCUUCCCUCACUCCCACACAAUCCUAUGGUCCAGUCAUCACUAGGGACAAGGUCCGUGACGCUUUACUGAGGCUUGUACAGAACAAUCAGUUCAUCGACUUGGUGUACCGGGAGAUGCUCAAUUCUCAUCAUCCAUAGCAGAGCUGAAGCAUACAUAUAUAUUUAAAUGGUUGCAGAACUCUGCCCUGGACUGUGAUUUUGUGCUUGUAAGUGGACCUCUUUGUAUAGAUUCCGACAUUUUAAGGCCUUCAGUCUUCUGAUACUGUUUGUUUAGGGCAAAUUUUUUCUUGUGGAGAUGUUUAUUGUAGGUUAUUUGGAUGAUAAAUUUGUUUUUUUAA